UUGCUUCGAUUGAACUAUUUCUUUUGAGCAUUUAUCCAUGGUCAAAGUUUUGCUUUAUUAUCGUUCAAAAAAGUAUCAGUGCAACCAAUUUAUUAGAUUUUUCGAGUAAACAAUUGGCAAAGUUAAAUGCUUUUCGUUUCGUACUUCAGUCUGUGAUUGUGUUGUAAACAUGUCAGUUGUUGGUCAAUGAUAAUUCAAUAGGCAAGUGAACUGGUGAUAUUUCCAAGUCCAAAGUGCGUGUAGUACAUUUAGUAUUAUUUUUUUUGUGAUUGUUUCGAAAUGUCUAUAGAGGAGAAAUUCAAUGCUGCUGUAAACGUUAUUAGGAGCCUUCCAAAAAGUGGUUCAUAUCAGCCGAGCAAUGAGCUGAUGUUAAGGUUCUACAGUUACUACAAACAAGCGACGGAAGGGCCAUGUGAUAAACCCAAGCCCGGCUUUUGGGACGUUGUUAAUAGAGCGAAGUGGGAGUCAUGGAACAAACUAGGCAAUAUGACGAAAGACGAAGCGAUGCAAGCAUAUGUAGACGAAUUACACAAGAUUGUCGAGACGAUGUCAUAUAACUCUGACGUAGCGUCGUUCUUGUCACUGGAAGAGGACGACCAGAACUGUCUUAGCAAUGACCUGGAGUUGGUCGCUGGCGACGUGUUGGCCCGCGUGCGCUCCGUACACAAUACCCCUAUAGGUUCUCGCUCAGUGAGCGGGGCGUCGUCACCUAUACGCAGUGCGUCGCCGCCACGGAACAGACACGACUCCGAUGACGAGUUCAUAGACACCGUAGACAGUGAUCCUGAGACGCAGCCGGCAGCUCUCGCGCCACGACUCAGCAACGGACAUGCACAUCAGAUCACAUCACAACUCACACAUUUAAAAGUACUAGAGCAGUUGCCAGGCGCGUUGGCUCGGCUUGAAGCUGACGUGGCAGCUCUCAGGAAAGCCGUCGAAGGGGAUCGCCGGCUGCUUAACCAAGUGUCGCGCUGCGGGGCGGGCUGGCGCUGGCCGUGGCAGGAGCUGAGCCCGCCCACAUUGCUGCUGCUCGCGCUCUGGCCCUUCCUCGCCUACCGCCUCGCCGCACGCUUCCAGCGUCACGCGCGCUCCUAACACAUUUUGAAAGGAGGUUUGGGAAUAUGUGAUUUAGGAUAAGUAAUUUCGUGUUCGCGGCUAUUUCGGUGGUGUAAUGACAACACUCAUGCUAUGGAUAUCACGUGACGUAUCCGAAACAGUGACGUGUUGGGUUUUUUGUAUAUAGCUGGCAACACAACUGUCAAUGUUUUUCGUUAAUCUAUAUCGUGGUAUUCUAUACUUAGUAAUGUUAUGUCAUGUAAUUUUUUUAUACAUUCUCUAACUGUAAUCAAUUACUUAUUGUGAGUUUUUGAGACCAAAAAACUCCGUUUAAAACAUAUUAUUAUCUCUGUUCUGUCAAAGAUAAU